AUGCUUCGCGCCGUGGCACGCUCCAGCAGGCGAUAUACAAGCACGCUCGCCGCUGCUCGUCAGCGAUGGAACGGCCGUCUCCAAGUGACUCCGGAGGUUGAGCAUGCUCUUGAAACUGGCGCGCCCGUUGUUGCGCUUGAGACCGCGAUUCUUACUCAUGGCAUGCCCUUCCCGACGAAUCUGACCACGGCGCAGUCUGUCGAGUCGAUCAUCCGGGCGCACGGCGCAAUCCCGGCAACGAUCGCGCUGCUGGACGGGCGCGUCCGCGUGGGCCUCUCCGAUGCGGAACUCACGGCGCUGGCGGACCCGGCGACGCCUCGCGCCGAGCCAGCGGUCAAAGUGAGCCGGCGCGACCUGGCGCCCGCCCUCGCUUUCAAGCGUGCGGGCGGCACGACCGUUGCUGGCACAAUGGUGAUCGCCGCGAGUGCGGGCAUCGACUCUUUCGUGACGGGCGGCAUUGGCGGCGUGCACCGCGGGGCGGAGAGCAGCAUGGACGUUUCGGCGGACCUGAUCGAGCUCGGCCGCACGCCGAUGAUGGUCGUCUGCGCGGGAGCGAAGAGCAUCCUCGACAUCCCGCGCACGCUGGAAGUGCUCGAGACGCAGGGGGUGUGCGUCGUCACGUAUGGCGACAAGGCAGACUUCCCCGCCUUUUACUCGCCUAGCUCGGGGUGCGCGAGCCCAUGGCGCGUCGGGAGCGUUGGCGACGCCGCGAGCCUCGUCUAUACGGGCCUCACGCUGCCUUCGCCGCAGAGCAUCCUACUCGCCGUCCCCAUUCCUGCCGAGUAUGGCGCGCGCGGUGCCGACGUGCAGCGUGCUGUUGAGCAGGCUGUGCGUGAGAGCGUCGAGCAGGGCAUCGACAAGCGCGGCAAGGAGGUCACGCCGUGGCUGUUGAAGCGCGUUGGCGAGCUGACGCAGGGCACCGCCCUCGAGCUAAACAUCAAGCUGAUCGAGAACAAUGCGGCGGUUGGCGCACAGGUUGCCGCCGAGGUCGCGCGCUUGAGGAAGAAUGUAUCCAGUGCUGCGUACAUGCCCGCCACGCCUUCUGCCAUUAAUGAGCCGCCAGCUGAGACCCCUCCGCCCAGCUCACCGCCUGCCAGCCCAACUGAGCCUUCUAACCUCCCACCGCCCCGCGCAAUCGUGUUCGGCGCCGCCGCCGUGGACAUUACGUCGGCCACAUCGCGCCUCGUGCCGCACACCACUACGCCCGGGACCAUCAGUAUCAGCGCGGGGGGUGUGGGGCGUAACAUUGCGCAUGCGGCGCAGAAUCUUUCUCCACCAGGGGAAGUGAUGCUUGUUUCGGCCGUUGGGACUCACGCCACACAUGUCGACCCUCUCGGACAGUUGCUCGCCCUUGCUCUCCAGGACGCGGGGAUGCGAGCGGACGGCCUCGUUCCCACGGCGGGACGCACCGCAGCGUGUUCGCUCGUGCUUGAGAAUGGGGACCUGACAGGCGGCGUGGCCGACUUCUCGAUCGCUGAGCAAUUGAGCAUAGAGGUUAUUGAGGCGGCUCUGGCGCACAACCCCUCCGUCGUCGCGUUCGACUGCAAUCUCUCGCCCGAAGCCAUUGCCGCACUGCUGUCAGCGACAUCGGCCCGUGCAAUCCCGACGUUGUGCGACCCGACUUCCGUGCCGAAGCUCGCGCGCCUGAUUCCCGCCCUCAACAAGCUUCCGCGAGCCCUAACGCACAUCGCGCCCAACAUUCUCGAGCUAGACCACCUCCACGCAGCCCUGAUGGAUCUGGACGACGACGCCGCGUGGAACUAUGUCAACAGCCUCAACCUGGGCGCAGAGUGGCGCGGGGCAGUCGAGGCGUUCGCGAACCGCAACGGCGCGUGGAUCGCCGACGAGGGCAUAGCCGCGCGGAUGGUCCAGUGCCUGCCUUGGGUUGGCGGAGUCUGGCUCAAGGCCGGGUCGCGCGGAAUGCUACGUCUCAGCCUGGGCCUGAAACCCAAGAGCCGCGGAGGGGGAGCGCAGAGCGUGUCGCAUCGCACGCCCGACGGCCGGACGCUCACCCUCACACUCUACCCGCCGCCUGUUAUCGCGGCCGACGAGGUCGUGAAUACCACCGGCGCCGGCGACACGCUCGUGGGCGGCAUCGUUGCUGGUCUGCUGAGCGGGGCGGCGGAAGCCGACUUUGUCGCGGCUGCGCUUGAGCGCGUGGGGCGUACCCUGCGCUCACCCCUCGCUGUUGCGUAGCAUGCAUGUAUGCUUGUAGCCAAACGCAAUGGGAUGCGCAGAGUGUCACGCGACUCUCUUCCGCUCCUUGAAAGUGGAGCUGCCGAGGCUAAUGAAGACAUCGGGUGAGUCGCCCGAUAGCGAGUCAUAGUUUGGAGGACGAGGUUCUUGGCGCCCCCGUCCCUUAUCGGCAAGAGACCAGAUUUGGACGCUGCGGAAGUG